AUGAACCCAAUUUCCUCAACUGGAUUCGAGCAGUUGGGUGCUUUUGAGGCUGUUGAGGUCGAAUCUGAUGAUGCACGGACGAUUUGGGCAGACAGUGUUAAGAAGAAGAGGAAGAAGAAGAUGAACAAACACAAUGUUCUUGUGGUGCUUUCUGAUUUUUCUGAAUUGGUUGUUGAUGCUCUUAUGUCAGUCGAAACAUUAAUGCACUUAUCAAUGUUCAAGGGGUUGACAACCACGUGUCAACAUACAGUUCAAUGGAACAUCACAUUUAACAGAAGUUCCAUUCAGUCCCCUGUGAUUGGUUGGACAGUGCUCCGAGAAGACAAGCAGUCAACCAGAUGGUCAAAUGUCCUCGCCAGUAUCUUAAGAUGGUGGAAUUUAUUGUUUAGUUUGCACUCUCUUUAUUCACUAAUGAGCAUCCACCCUUCGUCUGUAACGUGUAUUAGUAUGGUAGGUAGCGCAAUGAGACAACUAAAGGUUGGGAAGAUCCAUCAAAGGCUUACAUCAAGGCUUAAAAUGAGAGCACCAAAUAGCCCCCACUUGAACAUGGUAGGGUUUGCUUUGCUCUUUCCUCUCGUGUCUACCAGUGGUUUAAAGUCUUCACAAUCAGAGAUUAGAUUGGUAAUAAUUGGUGUGUUUGUCUCUUAAUACACCUCAAUUAAGUUUGGUGAUUACUGGCCAUGUUGGUUCACCUUUAUGCCCUAUUCACCUUCUUGUAGGAUUUUCUGUUUGGCAAAUGGAUUCUUCUUUUCUUUGUCUUGA